AUGUCAAGUGCCCUUGGUUGCUCCCAGAUCACUACCGUCUUCUCGCACGCUCAGACUGUCGUCCUUUGCGGUAACUGCAACGUGAUGCUCUGCCAGCCCACUGGUGGUCGCGCUCGUCUCACUGAGGGUACUUCUUAUCGUAGGAAGGAUUAA